UUUUUAGAAGAUCAAACGAAACAUAUAUAUAUUUUUUUCCAUCGACAUUUUUUUUCACAUUUGCCAAAUUUUAAAUUCAAUGAAUUGUAUUAGCGAUCGAAUAGACGAAUAAGCGAUAUCAUAAACUAAACGUCAACACUGCUGAACAUUAAUAGUAGAAAUAUUGUUUAAAAUCAAAGUUUUUUGAAAAGAUUUCGACAUAUUAUUGAGAAAAAAAAUCAUGAGCUCAAUAAAGCAGCGAUACGAAAAAUUCAGUGAAUUUAUGCAACAUAACACCAAGGGCGUCGAGAUCGGCAUCUAUUCUGUCACUGGAACUUUAUUUGCGAUCGCAUACUAUAGAAUACGGCCGAUUACAAAGUUCACGCGAUCGAAAGAUAUCCCCAAACAUUUUAUAACAAAUAAGAUAAUACAAAAUGGAAUAAUAAAAGCAAUCGAACCAAAUCAACAAGCUGGAGCAAUUUUGCGCAUCGAACAUAAACCACCAUUGAAUCUAUUGCCUUUUUCACAUAAAACUCUUCCAGUUAAAAUCUUUGGAGUCGAUAUAAAUGGAAAUGGAUUUUCUUGGUUGCAAUCGGUCACUUUGAAUCACAAAGUGGAAUUUCUUCCGAUUUACAAAAAUAAUAGCCAGUUUGCAGAGUGUACAGUGAAAAUGGAUUUAAAUCCAAAGUUAUCCAUCGACGUAGCUGAAUCGCUUAUAAAACUGGGAUUUGCAAAAACAUCCCCACAACAAAGCGUGAUGUCAACCGACGUCCAACUUAAAAAGUACUUGAAAAAAUUACAAAUCGCACAAUCAAAAGCGACGCAACGCGGACUACCAUGGCCUCUAAGUGCUAUUAUUUCGCGAAUCUCCCAAUUGAUAUACAACAAAGUUUUCCCAGCGAAAUAUCGUCUGCCCGAAUUGGUCAGAUAAAUUGUUAUUUAUUUUUCCAACAAUCACUUUUAAUACAACUUACGAUGUAUAGUUAAACAUUUAAAUUUUCUAUAAAAGAA